AUGAUUGGAAUCUUUGUACUCGGCUACAUGGGCAUUAUUUUCGAAGAAGUCUUUGAAUUUAAUAAAGCCGGCGUCGCGCUCUUGAUGAGCACCGGAUUAUGGGUGACCUACGCGGACUUUUACAACAGUGCCGGUACGGCGUCCACGGCUGUACUGGAGCAACUGGCGGAACAACUCUCGGAAGUAUCCGAUAUUUGCUUUUUCCUCCUGGCCGCUUCGACAAUUGUGGAAGUGGUGGACGCCCAUCAAGGGUUCAAAGUUGUCACCAACCAAAUAAAGACCACUUCCAAAAAGUCUCUGUUUUGGACCAUUGGAUUCCUGACCUUCUUUUUGUCGGCCAUUCUUAAUAACUUGACCAUCACAAUUGUCAUGGUCAGUCUACUGCGCAAGCUCGUGCCCAACGUAGAUGAUCGUCGUUUAUUCGGAGCCAUGGUUGUCGUGGCGGCCAACGCUGGUGGUGUUUGGACGCCAAUCGGGGACGUGACCACGACCAUGCUAUGGAUUAACAAUCAACUAUCAACGAUUCCGACCGUUCUCGAUCUCUUUCUACCGUCGCUAGCAUGCUUGGUAGCUUCCUUGGCCUUUUUGGUCAACAAGGUGGAAGAAGACGACUCUUUAAAGGCAUCGACACUACCGGAACCGACCCCGUUGUCGCAACGUGGGCAGUUGGUCUUCUACAGUGGAAUUGCCGCUCUGUUAUCGGUGCCUGUCUUUAGCGAACUGACAGGACUGCCACCGUAUCUGGCCAUGUUAACGGGUCUUGGGGCCAUGUGGACCCUGACCGACAUCAUUCACAUGGGAGACAAAGAGGAAGGGCUCAAAGUGCCGGCGGCCUUGUCCAAAUUAGAUACAUCCGGCAUUCUAUUUUUCCUCGGAAUUCUCAUGAGUAUUGGCGCAUUGGACAAGAGCGGCUUGCUCAAAAGUCUAGCCGUCUUUCUGUCGGACAACUUGCCCAGUCUCGAUAUUAUUGCUACCGUUAUUGGUAUCGCAUCGGCCUUGAUCGAUAACGUUCCGUUGGUCGCGGCAACCAUGGGUAUGUAUGAUCUAUCCGAAUAUGGUACGGACGAUAAACUCUGGCAGUUGAUCGCGUUGUGUGCUGGUACAGGGGGUUCCAUUCUAGUAAUUGGCUCCGCCAGUGGCGUGGCCCUCAUGGGACUGGAGAAGGUGGACUUUUUGUGGUACGCCAAGAAUGGUACUUCGCCGGAAUUGCAACAUAUUUGGCCCAGUACGCAAUCUUUCACGGUGAUCUGCUGA